GCGGGUAGUUUGCUGCUGUUCGACUCGCCUUCUGGAUCAACGCACCGAGAGGAUCUAAACGAUAUCGCUGGAAGAUAAACAGUCCGUUAAUGCAAACAGGUACUCACUAACACCGGUAGGCAGCAGCAGCAGCAGUAGGCGCUGGACAGACCACUGGAUACCGCUCCCGCAGCCUACUUACACAAACGGCAGGCAGCAACAACGGAGAGCAGCCCCCAUGCCAUGCCAUCGUCGUCAUCAGCUCGUCAACCCAUCAGCAGCGGUACGUACCUGUCUUGAGCCAGCGCAUUAGUCGUCUUGGAGAAGCCGGAGAGGAAAUAACAACGUCGACGCACGAGCACAGUACUUACUCUCCGCGGUCAUACGAGUCUAGACUAGAAGACUACUUACUAUAAGACGUAAGGGUUUGGAGCCACCCCAGUUAGUCGGUUUUUGUCCUCGGGAUAGGAGAGAGCGGUUUUGUGCGAUCGCGUGGCGCGUUUUCGAUCGAUCCUUGGAAAGGUUAAUCCGAUCAAGUGAACGGUGUGCUUUGGUGUCGGUGAAUAAUUAGCGCUGUCAGGCAGCCACAAAACAAAGGAAAUCGCAUCCUUCGGAGCAAUUUAGCGGUGUUUGUGUAGUGAAACCAUUAUCCUAAUUUCAGUCAAUAGUGCUCAUUAUUUGCCGAGAUGGAUGCCAACACCACAUUCGAGAACCUAAUAAGAGUCGCGCGCGCCGACGAAGGCGACGACCAUGAAGAUGAAGGCUCCAUUGUGGCAGCCAAGGCAACGGCCAUGGUGGUUCUGUUCGCAGUGAGCAUGGUUUGCGGAAUGGUGCCGUUCAAACUGGCGAAAUGGUUCAAAUGGACGGACAGUGCCGCCGACGCGAAAGCCAGUUUCGUUGUUUCCAUAUUGUUGUCAUUUGGAGGUGGGGCACUGCUGUGUACUACUUUUCAACAUUUGAUACCGGAGAUCAACGAAGCCAUUCUCGAACUUACGGAAGCGGGGCGGAUACCGGAGCUGAGCUUUAGUUUAGGAGAAUUUUUAAUGUGUUGUGGUUUCUUCAUCAUCUAUUUGGUCGAAGAGUUGGUCCACGUGUAUCUGCACCGACAUGAGCGCAAGCUCAACGAAGCCAAAUUAAACGAGCUGGAAGUCGCCGGUGGCGCUAUUAUGAGAGGCACACAUGCGAGGGAAAGCAUUAUUAUGCGAAAGAAAAACACCGAAAAUCGCACCGGAAGUAUCUCCACAGCAGAUUUAAUCUCGAAUGAUAUGGAGAACCAGAAGCGGGGUAUUUCGACUGAUAUGCCGGUUGUCCACCCUUCGCACCCCCAUGACCACCAUGUGCACCACCAUGUCCCACCGCCGCAGAUGGACGGAACGAUUGUCUCGUCUAUUCGUGGCUUGUUGAUUGUGUUGGCCCUUUCGGUGCACGAACUGUUCGAGGGAUUGGCGGUUGGCCUGGAAGGAUCCGCCGCAACGGUCUGGUAUAUGUUUGGAGCGGUGGCGGCUCACAAGUACGUGAUAGCGUUCUGCGUGGGAGUGGAACUGAUUGUCGCCCGCACCAAGUUCUGGCUGGCAGUGGCAUACAUCUUCACGUACUCAGUUGUCAGCCCGCUGGGCAUGGCAAUCGGAAUCCUCCUGAGUAACGGUUCCAACGCAGACGACAUGGAAGUGGUGUCCGUUAUUCUGCAAGGGCUGGCCUCCGGAACGUUGCUUUAUGUUAUUUUCUUCGAAGUGCUCUCCAAGGACCGGUCGGGACUGUGGCAGUAUCUGUCCGUAUUUUGCGGCUUCUUCUUCAUGUUCGGCAUCAAGUUUGCAACUGGAGGGCAUGGCCACAGCCACGGUGGAUCGACCAGCGACGAUCACGACCACGACCACGAUCAUGAUCAUGAUCACCACUAGGGGGCCGUCUCGUCCAGGGGGUCCUGAAUCCGGAAAUAAGCUUAUCAUCACCGUUCGCUACGCUGAUGCGCUAGCGAACACGUGAAUGUAGGCAGCAGUAGGAGGUAGAAGUGACGGAGGGUUGUUGACAAUUGUUGCUUAACCAAUUGUAGGAAACAAAAAAAAAUGUGAACAGUAUUUCGUUAGAGGUGAGCCGGCGUCCGAAACUCUUUGCAGCUGUGAUAGUGUGAAAGCAAGAUUAAUAUAACACAAAGUAAUAGAAGCUUAUUGUAGGAUUCGAUAGGUGUUUAAGUACCAUAGAUAGAUAGAAAGUUUUAAAAGAAUUAUCGGUUUCAGUACAAAACCGGUCCCAUGCCUUUGGGCAUGUGAUUUGAUAUUUGAUGGUACAUGCGUAUGCCAACCAAUAGUAAGAUUUUAGCCAAUCUUUGCAACUAUCAAGACUUGAACUGUAUCCGUGUACCGUAAUAGCAUUUGUUUAAUUUUUAACAUCAGAUUAUAAUUAUAGUUUAGUUUUAAUAACAA